AUGACUUCGCAGCUGUCAUGUCUCGAAAAUUUGCCGAACGAAAUCCUGGAUGAGAUUGUGAGCUAUCUUCCGGUGGCUACUCCCUCCGAAUACAACUUUCAUCAUACACCAGCAAUAUACUUCACAGCUUCCAGUACGCAGAACUUGAAGAAUGCCGCACAAGUAUCUUCACGGCUGCUCAAGCUCGUGCGAUCAAGACUCUACGCGCAUUCUCGAUUCUAUCUCGAUGAUCUCUAUGACUUUCUCAAUUUCGUCACAUCGCACAGACUAGAACGCUAUAUUACCUCGCUUGUCGUGCUACUCGGGAAUGAUCCACCCCGCGACUUGGACAUUAACCGGUUGCUCCGACAUCUGUCCAACCUCAACCCAUUGCGGAUCACUGUUCUUGCACCACCUUCGCGGAUUGGGGCCAUGUUGAACACCAAGGCUCCGGAGGAGCAUAAUUGGGCAUUUCAAAUUACUCACCAGUUGUGUCAGUGGGAGCGAAGUACCCUGCCUGAAUCCCCGGUCUUCACGACUAACCCGUCAUCCAAUCCGUUGGAUAUCAUGGCCUAUUCAUCACUCAGAUUCAAUGAGGGCUCCUCGCUCAGAGCGUACGCACAUUAUGAGUACUUCUUAUUCGAGGUUCCGUCAGUGCUUGGUAAAUGGGGUACAAUAGCCUCCAUGGGCAGCGAUGAGGAGAAACUUUCCAUAUCGCGCGGGCUCCGGCAUCUGACUUCAUUCAGCUACACCGCUAUAUUCCCCUUCUAUAAUCAUGUGAAAUUGGUCUUGGAUGCCCUGGAGCUGAUGAUGAACUUGCAAUCAUUCACCGUACAACUGGCCCCAUGCUCAGAAGACUCGGCCAUUGACCUGGCAAACAGAGGUCCCAUCGAUCCCAACGAUCCAUGGAUGGAGCUGGCUACGGGGUACGAUAUCAUCGCUCAUUCCAUCAUCGAGCUGGGACGUAGCGCUUCGCUUGUUCAUUUCCGCACCCUUGACUACCAAAACGAGGCACUUCGUGUUGAACUCAGCCAAUCGUUAGGCGCAAAGUUCAAAGAUACCGAAUGGGAGACGAAUGGCCAUGGGGAAUGGACCAAAACAGCAUCGAAUGGAGGAAUCAAGAACCAGUCCUCGAACACUGGACCGCCGGCGAUAUUGUUCACUCGGACAACCAUGGAUUCCACCAGUAACUCACAUGCUGCUGGACCUGCGCUUCCCACUCUGGCCCACAAUUUGCUGUUAUCCGAUGAAGCAAGCAGCAGUAGUCAACAGUCCGUGGACGACAUAGAUUCGAGUCAUCCGCCACACCAGACAGAAUCCUGGAACCUCUACGCAGAUAUCAAUGCUGGAUUGCAAGCAUCCCCGGAGAGUGCAUUCCGCGCUGGCUCAGUGAUCGGUUUCUCGCGGCUCCGAAGCGAGAACAACGAGAAUACGGAAGAUGAUGAAUGUUUAAGCCAGCUUCCUCGAGCCCUUCUCACAGCCCACUUAGUUCGCCAAGCCCAAACACUCAACGCACCCAACUCAACGGCCGUCUAUAUCGUCCACCCAGCCACAUUCAACGCCUUCUCCCCCAGAAGACUCCUCGCCUCCCUGCUCAACACCACCACCACCACCAACCGCCAAGUCUUGACACGCGACGCCGCGAUCGCCUGCCUCGACCGCGUCCAACUCUUCCCCGUCUUCGACCUCCAGACCGCAUUACAAGCCAUCCACGAAAUCAGCUCAGCCGUAGCAUCAUCCGCCGCGGGCCGCAACUCCCUGCAGCCCAACAAAGCCAUCGUCCUCGUCGCCGGCCUCAACACCCUCGCCGAGGGCGUCGUGCGCACAUCCAACGCCGCGCGAGGCGCGGCCGCCCUGACGGCCGCCCUACGGACAUUAACACACCUGACCCGCACUGGUCCUGCAGCGGUGUCGGUGCUGCUGGUCAAUACGAGUGGACUGGGGACAGCGGCCGCCAAUGCUGACUAUGCGAGUGGGUCGAUCGCAAUGCAGGAUGAGGCCAGCAGUCGGGAAAGUGGGGUUCGGUCUGCAUUUGGCGCAAAUGGGGCGAACCUAUUUCCGAGCUUGUUGAUGCGGACGUUGGACCAGGGACUUGAUACGCAUAUCCUAGUGUCGCCUAUCAAGGGGUCGGGGGUGGUAGUCGAGGUUAUCAAGGACCGGUUGGGCGAGGGGAUCGGGAAGUGGUGUGUUUGGAAAAGCAUUUGA